ACACCAGCUAACGGAGCGACAUUUCUAUUAUAUCGCAAUAAUCAAUCACGGCACUGCAUUCAUUCCUGGGCCUUGUUACAAUUCCAUCGCUUUCCCAGCCAACCUGCCAGCAAUUGAGCGUGCUUCCGUCGCGACUUAAGUCGCAAUGGACCGUCCCACAACACCCGGUGGACAUGGCCCGCCGAGCUACGGGCGCCCGCCUGCGUACGACGAAGAAGAUGGUACCCCAACGCAUCUGCAAGGAGGCUCGACCAUGCGCUUGUUGACAAACGCCGACGAGCCACAGAGCUAUGUGCCACCGCCAUCGCCAUUGACGCGAUCAUAUCACCCCUCAACCUCUUCAUUACCGCUCUCAAGGGCACCUUCAGUGCUCGACACCGCGCCGAACAUGCCUCCUCCGGCCGACGAGUCGCCCUCAUACGUCCCCUACCGGCGUCCCAUGUCACCCGAGUAUGCAGCUCCCACGCGACCGUACUCGCCCACGAGGACAUCGGCAGACUACGCCCGCCCCCCAGCCUCAACGCACUCAUACGAGCCUCCAGAUCUAAAUGGCAGCCCGCGCCCAGGGACACCCUCAUCGCGAUACGGUGGACGGCCCGGCAGCCCUAAGAGACCGCUACCUCCGGCACCGCUGUUCGCGGGUGGCAGGCCCAUCUCGCGCGACUCGAACGCGACGCUAGAUAUGAGCUCGAUACCCAUCAGCGAGGACGAUGUCUUCACCGAGGAUAACGAGCUCCGUCCGGAGCUUACCUCGCGAGCUUCAUACAUGACCGAAGACACGUUUACGGAUGGCUAUACGGAGGCAAACGAAAAGACGGAGCACUAUGGUCCCGCACCAGCCACCGCCCAGCCACGGCGUGGAGCGCGCGAGGCCGUCAUGACAACGAAGGAAGUCCGCCUAAUCAACGGUGAACUCAUCCUCGAGUGCAAAAUCCCGACCAUCCUGUACAGCUUCCUGCCGCGGCGCGACGACGUCGAAUUCACGCACAUGCGCUAUACGGCCGUGACGUGCGAUCCAGAUGACUUUGUGGACCGCGGUUACAAGCUGCGCCAGAACAUCGGCACCACUACGCGCGAGACGGAGCUCUUCAUCUGCAUCACCAUGUACAACGAGCACGAGAUCGACUUCACGCGCACUAUGCAUGGUGUUAUGCGCAACAUCAGCCACUUCUGCUCGCGAACGCGGUCCCGCACCUGGGGAAAGGAUGGCUGGCAGAAGAUCGUCGUCUGUAUCAUCUCGGACGGCCGCCAGAAGGUGCACCCGCGGACGCUGGAUGCUCUGGCUGCGAUGGGAUGUUUCCAGAAGGGCAUCGCGAAGAACCAUGUCAACCAGCGCGAAGUCACUGCGCACGUGUACGAGUACACGACGCAAGUAUCUCUAGACGCCGAUCUCAAGUUCAAGGGUGCCGAGAAGGGAAUUGUGCCUUGCCAGAUGAUUUUCUGCUUGAAGGAGCAGAAUCAGAAGAAGCUGAACUCGCAUCGAUGGUUCUUCAAUGCGUUCGGCCGAGCGCUCAAUCCCAACGUGUGUAUUCUCCUCGACGUCGGAACGAAGCCUGGACCUAAGGCGCUGUACCAUCUCUGGAAAGCGUUUGAUACCGAUUCGUCCGUUGCUGGCGCCGCUGGUGAGAUCAAAGCCGGGAAGGGCAAGGGCUGGCUUGGUUUGCUCAACCCGUUGGUCGCAUCGCAGAACUUUGAGUACAAGAUGUCUAAUAUUCUGGACAAGCCGCUGGAGUCAGUGUUCGGAUACAUCACGGUAUUGCCCGGUGCUCUUUCAGCGUACCGAUACCAUGCGCUCCAGAACGAUCAUACGGGCCAUGGGCCGCUGAGCCAAUAUUUCAAGGGCGAGACGUUGCAUGGCCAAGACGCAGAUGUGUUUACUGCCAACAUGUACUUGGCCGAAGAUCGUAUUCUGUGCUGGGAACUUGUAGCCAAGCGUAGCGAGCAGUGGGUCUUGAAGUAUGUCAAGGCCGCCACUGGCGAGACUGAUGUGCCAGACGCCGUGCCCGAAUUCAUAUCCCAACGCCGCCGCUGGCUUAACGGUGCCUUUUUCGCCGCCGUCUACUCCCUCCUGCACUUCAAGCAAGUCUGGGCCACCGACCACACCAUCUGGCGCAAAACCCUCCUCCACAUCGAGUUCGUCUACCAAUUCGUCUCACUCAUGUUCACCUUCUUCUCGCUCGCAAACUUCUACCUCACCUUCUUCUUCAUCGCCGGCUCGCUCGCUGACCCCAAACUCGACCCCUUCGGCCACAACAUCGGAAAAUACGUCUUCUACAUCCUGAGAUACAUGUGUGUGUUGUUGAUCUGCAUGCAGUUCAUCCUCAGCAUGGGCAACCGCCCCCAGGGCGCGAAGAAAAUGUUCCUCUGGAGCAUGAUCGCGUACUGCGUAAUCAUGGCCUACACGACCUUCGCCUCAAUUUACAUUGUCAUCGUGCAGCUGCGCGACCCCAAAGCCGAGAAAAGGCUCGGCAACAACGUCUUCACCAACCUCAUCGUCUCCACCGCGACAACCAUCGGCCUCUACUUCCUCAUGUCCUUCAUGUACCUCGACCCCUGGCACAUGUUCACCUCGUCGGCGCAGUAUUUCGCCCUCCUGCCCAGCUACAUCUGCACCCUGCAAGUCUACGCCUUCUGCAAUGCGCACGACGUCACGUGGGGCACCAAGGGCGACAACGUAGCGAAGACGGAUCUGGGCGACGCGAAGGGAAAAUCCGGGAACGUGGUCGAACUCGAGAUGCCCUCCGAGCAGCUCGACAUCGACAGCGGCUACGACGAAGCGCUGCGCAACCUGCGCGACCGCGUCGAAGUCGCCAAGCCGGGCCUGUCGGAAGCCCAAGCCCAGGAGGACUACUACCGCGCCGUGCGCACCUACAUGGUCGUCGUCUGGCUGAUCAGCAACGCCAUCCUCGCCAUGGCCGUCAGCGAAGCCUACUCCGGCUCCGCCAUCAACUCCAACUUCUACCUCAAGUUCAUCCUCUGGGCCGUCGCCGGGCUCGCCUUCUUCCGCGCCAUCGGCUCCACCUCCUUCCUCGUCAUCAACUCCAUCCACAGCAUCAUGGAGACCAAGCUCAAGUGGGAGGACAAGAUGCAGACCAAGAAGAAGACCGGCCUGGGCGGCGGCCGCGGCAGGAAGUGGGGCGGCGGAUGGGGCGGCGGCGGGCAGAGCUGGUGGAGCGGCAGCGCGAUUGGGUCGAAGGUGAGCAGUUGGGCGCCGAGUAGCUGGGGCGGGAGUAGUUUGGGGAAGUAGAAGUAGAGGGAGCUAGUUCGGUCUGGUGAAGUGGAAGAGGCGGGCGAUUUCUGGCCCGGGGUAAUGAGCUCAUGAGCAUGGCGUUGGUGGAUUGGAUUGGUUUUGUUCGAUACCAGGAUAUGCAUGCAUGUAUGGCCCUGUUUGAGGGGUCUUUCUGUACGAUUGUAACAGCAUGUUGGAGAGAGAUAAAAGAUACCGCGCUUGGAAAGGAUCACGAUGGAUGGAUGGACGGAUGAGGCGCAUAUGUAGUAUCAUAUCGGGUAAUGGAAAGGAAACGGGAAAAGCGCUUCUCCUCCACCAACAAACUCUUCUCCAC